CCCUUUUUGGCUUCUGCCCUUAGUCAAAAUGGCGCCAGCUCCGAAGCUGCCGAGGUUCUAGUAUCUGCCGAAGCAGAUCCGGAAGUUACCGAGAUAGUCCGGAAGUUGCCGAAAGACAGCACCGGGGAAGGAGGAUGGCGGAUAUCAUCGCAAGACUCCGAGAGGACGGGAUCCAAAAGCGUGUGAUACAGGAGGGCCGAGGAGAGCUCCCUGACUUUCAGGAUGGAACCAAGGCCACAUUCCACUACCGGACACUACACAGUGAUGCCGAGGGUUCCGUGUUGGAUGACAGCCGGGUGCGUGGCAAGCCCAUGGAGCUCAUCAUUGGCAAGAAGUUCAAGCUGCCUGUGUGGGAGACCAUUGCGUGCACCAUGCGCGAGGGCGAGAUCGCCCAGUUCCUCUGUGACAUCAAGCAUGUGGUCUUAUAUCCACUGGUGGCCAAGAGUCUCCGCAACAUUGCUGCGGGCAAGGACCCCCUGGAGGGCCAGCGGCACUGCUGUGGCAUCGCACAGAUGCAUGAGCACAACUCCCUGGGCCAUGCAGACCUGGAUGCCCUGCAGCAGAGCCCCCAGCCUCUCAUCUUCCACGUUGAGAUGUUGAAGGUGGAAAGCCCUGGUACAUACCAGCAGGACCCAUGGGCAAUGACAGAUGAGGAGAAGGCCAAGGCAGUGCCACUCAUCCACCAGGAGGGCAACCGAUUGUACCGCGAGGGGUACGUGAAGGAGGCUGCUGCCAAGUACUAUGAUGCCAUUGCCUGCCUCAAGAACUUGCAGAUGAAGGAGCAGCCUGGGUCCCCUGAUUGGAUCCAGCUAGACCAGCAGAUCACACCACUGCUGCUUAACUAUUGCCAAUGCAAGCUGGUGGCCAAAGAGUAUUACGAAGUGCUGGACCAUUGCUCUUCCAUCCUCAACAAGUAUGACGACAAUGUCAAGGCCUACUUUAAGCGGGGCAAGGCCCACGCCGCAGUGUGGAAUGCCCAGGAAGCCCAGGCUGACUUUGCCAAGGUGCUGGAGCUGGACCCCGCCCUGGCGCCUGUCGUGAGCCGUGAGCUUCGGGCCCUGGAGACCCGGAUCCGGCAGAAGGAUGAGGAAGACAAGGCCCGCUUCCGGGGCAUCUUCUCCCAGUGACUGGGCCUCUGUCCUGCUCCACCCUGCCAAGCCCACUGUUGCCUCCACCAGCCUACUCACCACUUCCACAUCAUGCUUCUGUGUAUAUAAAGGCCUUAUUUAUCUUGCUCUG